UGUUAUUGCCAUCUAGGUACAUGAAGACACUUAAGGCAUAUGUGAAGAAUUUUGCAAGGCCAGAAGCUUGUAUGGCUGAGGGCUACUUGGCUGGUGAAUGUAUUGCAUUCUGUUUGGAGUUCCUCCAGAAAUCUGUUCCAGUACAAGAAACUCUUAAUCGUAAUGAAGAUCUUGAAGCAGAUCAACAAAUUCUUGAAGGCAGACCACUACAUAAAGCUACAGAAAAGACUCUUACAGAUAAAGAACGAGACAUAGCUCAUCGGUAUAUUCUCAUGAAUACAGCAGUCAUGGAACCAUACAUUGAGUUGCAUUUGGAAGAACUGCAAGCUACAGAUGUAAGAUGUGCAAAGAAUGAAACACUCUUGUGGAAAUAUCACACAGAAAGGUUCCCACAAUGGAUCAAAGAUAAGGUUAGAAGAAUGUCAAUUGUGUAGUGUUUUUUAAUUUCAUGUCAUUG